AUGCCCUGGUGCUUCUACAAGGGGGAUUGGCGAAAGGUGGAGAAGUGGGAAGGUGAGAAUUGGGUGAAGGUGAAUGGCAGGUGGGAAACCAUCACCGGACCCAUCAACCUGCCUGACCCGUUGAACGUUGGCCCACCCAGCACAACACCGGCACCUGGAGAAGUGGCCAUGUCCAAGCCCUUCUCCAUCCUGCAUCCAGCACCGCCUGGCCCGUGUAGCCCACCACCACCAAAGCAAGCAGAGCAUGCACCGAAGCCUUCCCCACCUGGCAGCCCUCCUGCAGCAGCGCCAGAUGGCAGCAAGUCAAAGCCCCCCGGCCAGCACCGUCCACCAGAGCCGGCUGUCCCGCCUGGUAACAAGACCGGAUCCCCAGCAAAAGCAAAGCCUCGCCUACCACAACCUCUAAACAAGCCCGGAUUGGCAAAGCCUCCUUCGGCUGCUGCACCUGGAUCUGUGCCAGCAAAGCCACGGCCAGCAGGCAGUAAACCUCCACCAGAGCCAGCAGUCCCACCUGGGAAGAGCCCUGCACCUGACCAACCAAAGCAUGCGCCAGCUGCUGCACCUGCUAGCAAGCCACCGCCAGGAGAUCCAGCAACCAACAAAGCAUGCUCCGAAAGCACAGCAACGACGCCAGGGACCAGUGCCACACCGAGGUUUUUGCCUCCAACAAGCAAGCCUGCACCAAUGCAUCGACCUCCGCCGCCUUUCACCAGCCCCAGCCAUCCAGAACAGCCUCCUCGUGCAAGUGUGCCGCCAGCAUCAGUGGCCCCGCCGCUUCCACCUCCACCACCACCACCUCCACCAAAUCCAAAGCCAGUCGCGCCAGGACCAGUGCCACACAAGCCAGGCCCAGUCAACCCCACUCCCAAGCAACACAGGCCACACAUGCCAUCUGCAAUGGGGGUGCUCCUGACAUCAGGGCGGACGGUGAAUCAGCUGAACCCGGGCUGCACACCUCACCGCUCCCAUGGUGGUUCAAGGGAGCGCCGCAUCAUUAGACAUGCGGUGCAGCACCUGCAGAGAUUUGCCUGUGACACGGCAGUGUGGGCUGAGAAGAGGGACCGUGACACCCAGCAGAUCAACACGUUCAGCCACCAGACGCGCGCGUCGCUUAUGCAGAUGCAGCAGAACCUCUCCUCGGCCCAGGCCGCACAAGACCCGGAGGAGAUGAAGAAGGCGGUGCGAGACGAGGUCAUGGCGGAGGUCAUGGUGAUGGCCAAGAUGAAGCAGCUGCAGGAAGAAGCAAGCAAAGGAGGUGGCUCUGGAGCAUCGUCUUCAUCGCAAAUCAAAAAAGAAGAAGAUGAGUCUGAGGAGGAGCGGAAGGUCGAGAUGAGCAACGAGGAGAUGCGAGACCGAAAGAGCCAGCCGCUCCAUCCACCGCCACCGGAAAGUCCGAACAGGGAUAAGGUCAAGAAGGAGAACAAGGACCAGAAGGGCGAGAAGGAACGAAAAAAGGAUAAGAAAACCAAAGAAGAAAAGAAGGGCCCCAAGGAUGAGAAAAAACACAAGAAGGCUGAGAAGGGCCCCAAGGAUGAGAAAAAACACAAGAAGGCUGAGAAUGGCCCCAAGGAUGAGAAAAAACCCAAGAAGGCUGAGAAUGGCCCCAAGGAUGAGAGCAAGCCCAAGAAGGCUGAGAAUGGCCCCAAGGAUGAGAACAAGCUCAAGAAGGCUGAGAAUGGCCCCAAGGAUGAGAACACGCACAAGAAGGCUGAGAAUAAAAGAGGAGGAGAUGAUCACAUGGACCAGAACCAGAAGGCCAGCAGCGGGGAUGGUGGAGUUUUGAAAUCAUGA